AUGUCCGUGUGCAUCGUGUCAAUGAUCACAGCUGCAGCGGCACUCUUCGCAGAUUACAAUUCAGCGUUCAAUCAAUUAUGGUUCAAUGGACUAGGACUAAAACUAAACAAGUUAUAUUGUCCAUUAUACAUAAUAGCUUGGUUGAAACAGUAUCUAUGUAGAAGAAAAGCUUAUAUUAAUAUGAAAAAUACAAGCUCAUCCAUAUUCAAUCUUUCGAAAGGUGUUCCUCAAGGCAGUUGCAUAGGACCAGUAUUAUUUAUCGUAUAUCAUCAUGAUAUACUUGAAGCAUUAUCGACCAUUCAUUGGAAACACUUAUUUGCCGAUGAUUUGGCCACUCUAAUUGCACCAUCAUCAGCACUAACACCAAAGGAGAUGAUGAAAUCAUUAAGAAGACAAUUAGCACGAAUACUAAGGAGUCUAAUAAAUUAUUCAAUCACGUGGAAGCAACCAAUAAAUUUCAACAAAACCUAUUGGACUCUUUUCAAUCGGCAAGUAAAUCCAAAGGUAUCAACAAUCAAAUGCGAAGGCCGUAAAGUCAAACAUCUAAAUCAAAUUAAGCAUCUUGGAACGAUCCUUGAUACCAAACUGUCCUUCCAAGCGCAUAUCGAUUACAUCAAAUCAAAGAUAUGA